ACCUGCAGGCCUUUUGUCCCUCCCAUGCGUUUGUCUCGCUUGUCUUCCCGCGUCUGCGCACCUCCGCCCGGCCUAGACCUCCCCGCCGUAUCCCGUACACUUCACCCCUCCGCACGGACAGCAUGUCUGAAUACAGCGCGGUGCCGCCGCCCGGGCCCGGAGCGGCUCUAGGAGCCGGUGGACUCAAGAAAGACGCGUUUGCCGAUGCGGUACAGCGCGCUCGACAGAUCGCAGCAAAGAUCGGCGGAGACGUAACGGGUCCCCCUAUGAGCAAUAACGGAGGAGCGGAGAGUUAUCCCUUCGCGGCACAGAAACGAUCGCUGGAGGACGGAGAUCAACCUGAAAGUAAGAAGAUGGCAUCCGACAGGGACAACGCUGCAGCCUUGUCUAUUGGAGCCCAGCUGGCUGCCCUUUCCCAGCAGAGUGUUCGUCCCUCGUCAAUGACAGAAGAGUACAGAGUCCCUGAUGGCAUGGUUGGACUCAUCAUUGGUCGCGGUGGAGAGCAGAUCAAUAAGAUCCAGCAGGAGUCUGGCUGUAAAGUUCAGAUUGCUCCAGACAGCGGUGGUCUUCCAGAGAGGAGCGUGUCUCUCACCGGAGGCCCUGAAGCCAUCCAGAAGGCCAAAAUGCUACUGGAUGACAUCGUCUCUCGGGGGCGCGGCACUCCCCCCUCCUUCCACGAGUCGACCAAUGGGAGCGGAAACAUGCAGGAAAUGAUCAUUCCAGCAGGGAAAGCUGGUCUCAUCAUCGGCAAAGGAGGAGAGACCAUUAAACAGCUGCAGGAGCGAGCUGGUGUGAAGAUGAUUUUGAUUCAGGAUGCUUCUCAGGGGCCAAACAUGGACAAACCACUGCGCAUCAUUGGAGAUCCUUACAAAGUCCAGCAAGCACGUGAAAUGGUGCAGGAGAUUCUGCGAGAGCGGGAUCAUCCAGGCUUUGACAGAAACGAGUACGGCUCUCGAAUGGGUGGAGGAGGCGGUGGUGGAGGAAUCGAGGUGCCCGUUCCACGUCACUCUGUGGGCGUUGUGAUUGGCCGAAGCGGUGAGAUGAUCAAGAAGAUUCAAAAUGAUGCUGGUGUGAGGAUACAGUUUAAACCAGAUGACGGUACCGGUCCAGAUAAGAUCGCUCACGUAAUGGGUCCUCCUGACCGCUGCGAACACGCCGCCAGUAUCAUCAACGACCUCCUGCAGAGCAUCAGAGUACGAGAGGAAGGAGGAGGGGUGAGUGAUGAAGGAGAGAUGGGUCCUCCCGGUCCUCCUGGCACAGGCAUGCCACCGGGUGGGCGUGGCAGGGGGCGUGGUCCAGGAAACUGGGGCCCUCCUGGCGGCGAGAUGACCUUUUCAAUCCCCGCCCACAAAUGCGGUCUUGUGAUUGGCCGAGGCGGUGAGAACGUGAAGGCGAUCAACCAGCAGACCGGCGCCUUCGUGGAGAUCUCACGCCAGCCGCCGCCCAACGGCGACCCCAACUUCAAACUGUUUACCAUCAGAGGCUCACCUCAGCAGAUCGACCACGCCAAACAGCUGAUCGAGGACAAGAUCGAAGGUCCUCUGUGCCCUGUUGGUCCCGGACCGGGUGGGCCAGGCCCUGCUGGACCCAUGGGCCCCUACAACCCAAACCCGUACCAGCCCGGACCCCCGGGUGGACCGCCACACGGUGGUCCUCCUGGAGGUCAGUAUCCACAGGGUUGGGGAAACGCGUACCAGCAGUGGCAGCCGCACGAUCCCAGUAAAGCAGCAACAGAUCCUAACGCAGCAUGGGCGGCUUAUUACGCACAGUACUACCAGCAGCCUGGAGGGGCCGCUAUGCCGGGACAGACGCCUGCGGCCCAGCCAGCCGCCGCUGCUCCCGCUGACCAGAGCCAAGCUGCUCCAGGGACUGCCCAGCCCGACUACACCAAGGCCUGGGAGGAGUACUACAAAAAGAUGGCCGCGGCAGGAGGAGGCGCUGCACCCGCUGCAGGAGGAGCUCAAGCCGCAGGAGCCGCAGCCACGGGACAGACGGACUACAGCGCCGCAUGGGCUGAGUACUACAGACAGCAGGCUGCUUAUUACGGACAGACGGGACAGGCCCCCGGACAGCCCGGUGCAACACCGCAGGGCCAGCAGGCGCAGUGAAGAGACUGUUGCUGAGCUCUCGUCCGUCCGGGUCCUUCCCUCCAUCCUCUCGCUCUCCUCUCAGAAAAGGACUUAUGCUCUUCCUGUUUUUUUUUUUUUUUUCCCUCUUCCUGUGUCCAGCAGAAAAGCUGUGUGACUCUCCUCUGAAGCCAGAUAUCUGUCUUUAUGACCACAUAAAGGCUUCUGCAAAUUUUUUUUUUUUUUUUUUUCUUCCCCCCCCUCCUCCUCCUGGUCUUUGCUGGAUCCACAAACGCUGAUGGACUAAAAUCAAACUCUGCCUUCCCUUCCUCACGCUUCGUCCUUCCUCUUCCUCGUGUCAGUGUGACUCAUCACCAGGGAAACACAAGGGAAUGCUUCUUCUGCUAACUUCCUCACAUGAGCGUGCACUUCCUGUUUUGCAUUAAUUUUUUUUUUUCUUUAAUUUUAAAAGUCUUUUGAGGAAACUGGUCCAUUUAGAGGAAAUCUUCAGGUGUUAAUAACUACUGUGUUUUCGAACUCAAUGAGUAACCAUGUUUUGUUUUUUUGUUUUGUUUUAAUGCAGUUGUUUUGCUUUUAGUCCUUUUUAAUUUGAUUUUGAGCUGGAACAUUCCCAUUGUUUAAUGUGUUCACUUUUUUUUUUUUUUUCUUCUUUAUUCAUUCAGUGAGGGUUUUUUAUGUGAUUAAUUUUUUUUUUUUUCCUGUGAUGUCAAAUGAUGUUACAGUCUGUGAGUGUUUGUGUGGGUUUCAUGUGCGUUUGCUCAUGUCCCGUGUGUAUGCGAGUGUGUUCGGUACUGACACUCAUGCCAUGUGUGCGUGUUGCUCCUCACUCUGUGAAAUGAGGGUUUCUCUCAUUUUUUUUUUUUUUUUUUCUCCCCCACCCCAAGUUAUUGGAAGUCAUGAUGUUAUAAAUAUAUAAAUUGUAUGCUUUUUUUUUUUACUGCUUGUUUUUAAAAACUACAAAAUAAACAUUACAAAAUCCUCAUCUGAUCACA